GAAAAAGAGAUAGAGUAAACUAAAGAAUAUUCCAAGUGUCAAUGGAAAGAAUUACUAGCAUUUUUGUUAGUGUUUUGAUAGUGUUGUUUGUAGUAGGAAAUGAAAUGUAUAUUGUUAAUGGAGAUAGUCCAUAUGCUUGUUGGGGUGGAUGUUACAAUAAAUGUAUAUUAUUGACUAUGAAAUCAAGAAUACCUUCAGGAAAUGAUCCUUGUUAUGUCAAGUGUCUAAGCAAGUGUAUUCCAACUUCUGCUUCUGAAUACCGGGAUUAUUGCACCAUUGGAUGCUCCUUGGAGCUAUGUGUUCCUAUUCGCUUUGAUGCUGGUGCAGAUCUGGAUGCAUGUUAUGGCAGUUGUGGAAGUAUUUGUAGGGUUUAAGCUUAGAAAUAUUUAUUUCCACAACUCUCUUUAAUUUUGUAUUUUAUCUUUUAGUACUUAUUUACUUAACAAAUAAAUAAAUGGUUCUUUGUUGUUUUGUUUUCCAUUCGGUGUGUAACUGAAAAAUUUGAUAGCUGUAUUUUGUUUCUUCC